AUGAACACCGUGCAGCUGUUGCUGGAGCAGAUUGAUGCCAUCAAGAGGCUGCUCACCGCCAGCCCCAAGGAGACGACGCUCGUCACGUCCUCAACAGACAUAAUGAAAGAAUUUGGAUGUGGGCGUGUGUCGAGCCUGCUGGGCGUGGAGGGAGGCCACGGGCUGGGCAACAGCAUGGGCGUGCUGCGGGCGCUUUACGACUUAGGCGUGCGGUACGUCACCCUCACCCACAAAUGCCACACUCCCUGGGCCGAGUGUUCCGAGGACGACAGCGGCGAGGGACCCAACGCCCACGGCCUCACCAUCUACGGCAAGAAGAUGGUCGUCGAGAUGAACAGACUGGGCAUGAUGGUCGACCUCUCGCACUCCUCCGCCAACACCGCCCGCGACGUGUUGGCCACCUCGCUCGCGCCCGUCAUCUUCUCGCACUCCGCCGCCCGCGCCCUCUGCGACAUCGAAAGGAACGUCCCGGACGACAUUCUCAGCGCCCUGGCGGACAACGGCGGACUGGUGAUGGUGAGCUUCUACAGUGACUUCCUUACGUGCGGAAAGCCAGCAGCCAUCUCUGACGUCAUAGCCCACAUCAACCACGUGAGGACCAUGGCCGGCGUGGACCACGUGGGCCUCGGCGCGGGAUACGAUGGCGUCAAUAAGACGCCCCAGGGAUUGGAUGAUGCAUCGCACUACCCGGAGCUUUUCGCUGAGCUGCUCCAGGAUCCUUCGUGGUCCUUAAAGGAUCUCAAGAAACUGGCGGGACUGAACCUGCUGAGGGUGUUCGGGGAGGUCGAGAAGGUGCGGGACCGGAUGUCGGCCGACGCGCCCUCCGAGGACAUCAUCCCCAUCCACGACAUCGACUCCCGCUGGCCCUGCAGGUACAAGUUCGCCAGCCUGGAGGACGCUGCCCGGACGUGACCCUGCCUGCCCUGAGCGGUUGGUGACCUCCUUCCUCUCGGUCCUCCUCCAGUCCCGCUCAGCCUGGCCUUCACCCGGAGGACUCUGCAUCGAGUUUUUUGGGUUUUUUGAUGGUCAAAGGGCAGGGUCGACCCGCCAAGCCGUCGUCUGCCCCGAACUAACACAGCAAUAAUGUACUGCCAUUAAAGGGUUUUCUCUCUGAAUCUUUUG